AUGAUUAGUUGAAACCAUGAAUAGAUAAUCAAUACUUACUAAAUUAAUCAAGUGGAAACACUUGCAGUUAGAUUUCAAUGAUUAGUCUUAAUUGUUAUUUACAAAUUUCUCAAGACUUAAACUACUGUUGAUUAACAUCUAACCACAAUGAAGGCUUCUCGUUUCAUUCACGAUAAUAGAUACAAAAUAUUCAAAACUUUACUUGCCUAUUUGACCUACUUUUGCAUCGGUGGUGCGAUUACUUUGGUUGGGUCAAGUUUAUUAGAUUUACAGAUUCGGGUCAACACCGAUUUCGCUACUGUCUCUUAUGCUAUUCCAGUUCGAAGUGCUGGACAUAUCGUUGGAUCAGCUGUUGCUGGUCUAUUGGGUCAAAGGUUCAGUCAGUCGUUUGUCUUGUGUUUCUGUAACUUACUUUCAGGAAUAUUCAUUGGAAUUGGUCCAUUUUUUACUCAAUUCACUUAUCUUGGAACUUGUUUAUUCUUAGCUGGUAUAAUUCAUGGUAUCUCUGAUAUCGCUUGUAAUUCAUUGUUGGCAUCUACAUGGAAGGAAAAUUGUGCCAAUUGGCUUCAAGUGCUUCACAUGUCCUGGGGCGUUGGAUCGUUGAUCACCCCGGUUAUUUGUCGACCUUUCCUACUACCAACCACUGGUGAUGAGACGGGAAUAGUUCACCUAUCAAAUUUAACCUUAAAUGGUUCAUUAAUCGAUCCAGUGGUCAAGCCGAUCUACACCUCCGAUGAUGUUAUGGUACAAUAUGCAUUCUUAAUCAUAUCGAUUUGUGCAUUGACCCUUUCGAUUCCCUUUGGUUGUAUAUAUUUUAAGGAGAAAAGUGCUUCAAUUAACACAGUCGAUCACACGAAAACAAUUAACCCUGAUAAUAUCCAACAGAAUUACAGUCCAUUGAAAACUUAUUCCGCUGUUGCAAUGGUCGCAUUAAUAAGUCACCUUGUUUAUGCUAUCGAAACGCUAAUCGGAUCUCUUGGACCUUCGUUUGCGGUCAAAAGUGACCUUCAUAUGGACAAAAAGACUGGAGUUUUAUUGACCACAGUGUUUUGGUCUUGUUUCUCAUUCUAUCGUUUAAUUUUCAUCCCGUUAACAUUUGUCAUCUCUCAGACCAAAUUGCUUAUAUCAAGUUUGAUCAUUUCUCUUGUCGGUAUUCUGAUCACCGUCCCAUGGGCCAAUUACUAUACGAGUUGCAUUUGGGCUGGAUUCACACUCAUUGGAAUCGGUAUAUCGCCAAUAUUUUCAGCCGCCUACGGAAUGCUGGCCAAACAUAUCAUCGUAACCAGUAAAAUAUCAUCAAUAGUAUUUAUACCCGGUGUUCUUGGUGAAUCAAUUCAUCCAGCAAUCGCUGCCACAUUAUUGGACAAAAAUCCAAUCUCGUGCCUUUAUUACAUUGGUGUUUUAGGGAUUCUUUUCGUUUCGAUCUAUCUCAUUCUCCUUGUGUAUUGUGCAAGAGUAUUCAAAGUCCCAGCAAGUCUUCAACAUCGUGAGGUUGCCGAAAGGUCAUCAAUUCGAAGCAUUAGUCGCUAUUAA